AUGGAGUCUCUGGAAGAACCCACGCAGAUUAGGAAGCCAAACUUGCUAGAAGUUCCCAUUUUGUCCGAUUCCCUUUUGGAAGAUGAGGACGUUAAAGCAAACUUCAAGCCUCGUUUCUCCCCGCAGCCCCGGAGGAGGGGAUCGGAUUCUGAGGAAGACAUGUACAUGGAAGCCCCACCUUCCGUGGCAAGGAAGGUUUCAUUUGCUGAUGCCAUGGGGCUCGAUCUGGUGUCUGUCAAGGAGUUUGACUGCUGGGACGUUCCGAUUCCAGCCCCAAAUUUUGACCCAACGAAUGAGAUUUUAUGCCGGGACGAAUAUAUCCUGUGUCCACUGUUUGAGUUACCAUCUUCCAAAGAAGAUCUAAUGCGGCAGGUUCAGAUCCAGAAGGCGGUCCUCGAGUCAACCGUGUUCCUGCCUGGGAUUACGUGUAUGAAGGGUACCAUUCGUGUACUUAAUGUUUCUUUCGAAAAGUUAGUAUAUGUUCGCAUGUCCUUGGACGCCUGGCACAGCCAUUACGAUAUUCUAGCAGAAUACGUCCCUGAUUCUUGUGACGGCGAAACUGACCAGUUCUUCUUUAAGAUUACAUUAGUUCCUCCCUAUCAAAAAGACGGUGCCACAGUUGAGUUCUGCAUACGCUACGAAACCUCGGUGGGUACGUUUUGGGGGAAUAACAAUGGAGGAAAUUAUACUCUGGUAUGUCGGAAGAAGGAGCAGGAGCCCGAGAAACCACCGGAGGCUCUUCCCAACAAACAGAUCAAAGGCUGCUUGAAGACGAAAUCCAGCAAGGAAGAGACGUCGGAAACAUCCGAGGAGCUAAACUGUGAUAAUUCAAGGAUGGCAGAUCCAAAUCAACCUGAUAUCAUUCAUUCUCAUGAGGACAAUGGAGACAGUAGCCAGAAUGUAAAAGACGUUGGUGGCAAACAAAAUUACAAAGGAUUGGAGCUGCUGCUAAAUGAGCCCUCAGGUGAUGCUCCAAGCACUCCCUCCAAAGAUGAAAGGAGCGCAUCUGCAGCAGAACCACCCACUUUUCUGGGUGCCACAGGAAGAUCCAGGAAUGGCCACUCACCCAUGGGAGCCAGUCCACACUUGCUGAUGCAACCUGCCUCUCCCAUCCCAUCUGCAGAAAACAUGCUUGGUGGAGAAUUGUGUCACCCUGGAAACCACUCGACCAGUGGAGAGUUUAGCCCUCCCUGGUCAACAGCGGGUAUAAUGUCAGAUCCAAUAAACAACAGAGAACAACUUUCGGAGGGCCAUCUUCCUUCCCACAGAAGGGCUCCUGGAGCCCGGAAGAGAGUCGGGGUUAGUUUUCCAGGAAGGUUAGGAGGUAAGACAGAGAGGGCCAGAGAGGGUGAGACCCUUGAGCAGUUAGCCAUCAGCCAGAAUCAUGUUGACAGGCACCAGGAGGCCCUGGAAAUUGCGUGUGAAAUUAUGCCUUUGGGACCGGACAAAGAACAGCAGUCAAGGUCACACGAGAUGGACGUUCUGGAUGACAAUGCUAAUCCAGCUGCAGGGCAGGCUGGGGCACAGGCUUCUUCCCUCCCUUCUGGUUCACUGCUGGUGGGCAGCUUCGAUUGCAAAACGAGAGGAGAAAGAAGUCCCAAUCCUGGAUAUUCAAGAAUGGAUUUCCAUAAGAAGUUGUCAAUAUGCAUGGGUGUCUCAGUGGAGCCUUCUAAAAGGCCAGAAAAGGAGGCUGUAAAAGUCACUCAGGAGAAAGAGGUUGGCAACGCUAAUGACCAGGAGGAGCAGGACAUCCAGCUGGUUGUAGGUGAAUGGCAGAGCAGAAAUGUGCUGCCAAUGUCUCCUGAGGAGCCAGGUGCCACGGAAUCUCCUGAAAAGUGGGCAGGGGUAGAGGGGGCCAGAGAUAAACUCCACCCCAUCCUUCAGAGGGAAGGAAUUUCCAGUCCUGCUGAUGCUUUGGGCCCACCUGGAGAGCUUCACUCUCCUGAGACUGUUUUAGUCAACCAGGGAGGGGGGCCGAAUCCCCAAGAAAUGUGUCCAUUCUUCUGCAAAGAGUUUGCUUCCAAGGAAAACCCUGGUCUCAUCCCCUUCCCAACAAAUGAAAAUAGUUCAUGGACAGACAGUCCCCCACUCCCUGCUCAAUGGGAGACAUCAGACGGGGCUAUACUCGGUGAUCAGAUGAAGGUCAUGGCUGGAAAUCAAAGUGGGAAUGCUUUGGAAAGUCAAGGAAAAGCACAAGAGCGUGUUGUAAAUGCUGCAGAAUGGAUCAGAGACCAAGCAGGGGGUGAAGGCGGGUGGGGAAGAGGAGUUAACACAAAGAGUUGGAAUGCCACUCCAACAGAAGAAUUGUUUACCUGCCAAGAAACAGUGAGAUGUGAACUGUCUUCUGAAGCUGAUCAUAGUAUUACCGGGAAACCAGAAGCUGAAGCCGCUUAUAUAAUUAAGACAGCAUCAGAAAGCACUCUAGAAAUCUUGCCUGCUGGAGAAAGAGCAAUAAUUGCUCAGCUACCUCCAGAGACUCCUCUAAGUGACAAGCCCACAGAGGAAAAGGAAACAGCAUUUGAUCCACAUGAAGGAGGAAAUGAUGGUGCACAUUAUCCUCUUUGUCAAUGGGAGAUAGUGGGUGAGAGGAAUGACGCCGGUUCGGAAAAGGAGUCACGUUUCAGCAUUUAUAAUGAACACCAAGGAGAAGGAACUAUGUGCAACACUGAAUGGAAAUCUGAGAGAGCGGGACAAGACACUGGAAAUGUUUUACCCUUGGAAAAGAGCUUCCAGUCCACUGCCGAGGGUAGAGAAGCCACUGGAGAAGAGGAAGCACGUUUGAGAAAGUUCAUCAAAACCCAGAGUCACCAGCACGGAAACGUGGACAUCAACGAGCCCCAGAGGUCCAUGGAGAAAAAUGCUCUUUCUUGGGCCUUUCCAUAUUCAGACUUUAACUCUGAAAUCGAGGACGGGAACCUCAUUUCCAAUCAGUGUGGCCCAGGCCCCUCCUCGUUCCCUUCCAAAGAUUUUCCCGAGGCUGCUGCCAAGCAUCCGAUAGCAGGGGGAGCCCCCGGGACCGGGUCCCCCGGGUCAGAACACGAUCCUCGUCGAGCUAGAGAGCUCCUAGUGAUAGACAAACACGCGGGUCCCGAGAUGGCUGCUGAUGGUGGGAGCCCCAGGCUAGGGCCUCUGCUCGCUGGGAAGGAGAGAGCGAGCUCCGGGGAACUGGGACUCUGUCAAGUGGAGUCUAGUCUUGGGAAGACCUUCAGGCCAUUGAUCCUGAUCAGUGAAGCGUCGGAAGAUGCGGGAGAGACGGCCUCUGAAACAGAAGUGUUAAGAGCCUACCAUCCUGACGACGACCAGCCGAAGGACCAUCCCAAUCCAGAUUCUGCCUCUCUCCCUGACCAGGGGCAACAAGAUUUCUCUGUGGAGUCUUCCUUUCUAAAGCACAUCAGCACUAAAAUACUCUAUUUCCUCCUGUUCCUGGUAUUCCUUCUCACCACCUACUAUUAUGACUUAAUGGUUGGGUUUGCGUUUUACCUGUUUUCGCUGUCCUGCCUCUACUGGGAAGGAGGGAAACGCAAAGAAUCUGUCAAAAAGAAGUAGCUGCACAGAUCUUUUAUUAUCCCUUCCCUUAAAUUCUAAAAUAUUUAGCCCCAAACAUUUCAGUCAUUAGAAGGGAAUGGUCAUUGCUCAUUGUUAAAGAACCAGUGCAGAUUUUCUCUUGAAGGAUCGUUUAAAAAGGGACGCGGCUGAAGUUUGCUCCUUCGUAUAAGUAAUUAUCCUAUAUAGGACCAUUAUGUUUGGAUCAUUAAAUACCUAUAUGAAUAUGAGAUCUGAAGCACGUCAAGCUCAAAUUAGGUACAGCUGUUGCUCCUUAGCAGGCUAUGAAGAAGCAAUGCUUCAUGUCUCUUCACCAUGAAAAGAGCCAUUUCCUUGCAUUCAUUUUUUCGCAAUAAAAGCUUCCUUCUUGGAGAGUUUUUUUUUUUUUUUGCUCCCCAAGGUUUUAUAUAGUAUAUCCAGCCCAGAGAAUGGAAAUGUGAUUUACCCCAUCUCCUACUGCUGACGCUGUGAUGUGAGAUUCACCAGAGUAAUUUAUAAAUCCUCUUCGGAAGGAAAAUCUUUUGGUAGAUUCCAUUCUUUCCAUUUUGGUUUCGUUGCUUUAUGGCGAUGUUCCCCAUUGGCAGAGUUUGGGUUCAGAAUGCAACGUUUGACUAUUUGGGGAGAACCCGAGUGAGACAGAAUGAGUUCUGUCCCCUCACCCCAGUGCUGACAAAGAUGGGGUGGUGAUGAAGAGUUUGUUAGUGCUCAUUAAGGGGGUGGGAGGUGGGUCCCCAAAUGACAUUUAUAUCUUUUUGUAAAUGAAGCCAAUGUAAUACGAAUGCUGUACGUUCCCCCAUGGAGAAUUAUUUCGGGUAGCAAUUCCGAAGUGGGUUUUCCACUAGCAUUGCUUUCACCAGCAUUUGCACCUAUGAAAUAAAGACAAAAGGAUUUCUCGAG